GAUAAGGUUACUUUGAACUCUAUAUUUCACGUUUCCUGACAUACCCCCCAAAGAACAGCAAUUAUGCUAGUGAGGCUGUAGGAGCGUUAAACAGUUCUUUCCCAGUUCUUUUGCUUUUUGCUGCCUUUCCAUGCGUUCCUGUCCUGUUUAGAGCUGGACCUUUUUACUUUUUAUUCGUAGUGUGCACAGUACUUAGGAUAUUAGGAAAAACAUGCUGAAGAUUCACUGUGAGGCAUGGCUAUUUUUGUUAGAAGCUGAUACUUUAGACUGAGCUUUAAGUGUUUGCCUCUGGAAGGCCUUAGGUUGCUCUGGGAGGGCAGGAGUCUGCAGAGGAAACAGAAAGUUCAGAGGGGCGCAAAAGAAGAAGGAACAGAAUUAGAAAAAGCAGGGGACCUCCCUCCUCCUCAUUCUGCAGCUCCUGCAAGAGCAAGCAACCCAGAAGUAUUAUCUAAGCUGCCACAGUAGAUCUUGACCUUUUUAACAGAGUAUCUCUUACCAUCAUCAUCAUGGCCGAGAUUACAGCAGAAGGACGUAUGUCUACAACCACGACAAUAAUAGAUGGUAAGAACGGAUCUGUUCCCUCACCAUCCAUGAAAGUGGGCAAGAAAUCAGUUACAGAAGACCUCGUGACAACGUUCAGCUCACCAGCAGCAUGGCUUCUUGUUGUUGCUCUGAUUGUAACCUGGUCAGCAGUAGCUAUUGUAAUGUUUGACUUGGUGGAUUACAAAGCCUUUGCAGCCACCUAUUCACAACAUUGCGAUGAUCCCUGUUUACCACCUGGAAGAUCUGUUAACAAGCUCAGCACAGAACCACUGAGAAUCAUUCAUGAGACAUUGGAAGAAUCCACUGAUUGGCUUUAUGGCUUUAUUUCUUUACUGUCUGACAUCGUAUGGAGUGAUGAUGAUGACAGUGAUGAAGGUGAAGUGGAACCUUCCCUGAAAAAAGAAAUUCAUAAAGACAAACUGGAAAGACAAGAAAAACCUGAAAAAAAGGAAAGACAUGCAGCUAUUCACAAAGAGAAACCUGAAAAGCCAGAAAAACAUGAAAAGAAAGCACCUCCUAAAGUAAUUCAAAAAGACAAACCUGAAAGACAUGAAAAAGCUGAAAAGAAACCUCCUCCCAAAGAGGAGAAGAAAGUAAAGAGCACUAAAGUGGAAGCAAAAGUUAAAAAGGAAGCGAAGGAUGGAAAAGGAGAAGCAAAGACGACUGAGAAGGUCAAGCAGACCGAGACUAAAACAACAGAAAUUGGGCUAAUAAAGGCCAAACCGAAAAUUAAAGAAGAGAAAGCUCUUCAGACUGUAACUAAAUCGGAAAAGAAAGAUCAAUAUGCAUUCUGUCGCUAUGUGAUUGACAUGUUUGCGCAAGGGGAUUUUUAUCCAGGACAUAACGAAAUGGUACCACCUCAUCUUCUUCUAGAACAUAGUCCAAGAAAGAAACCAGCAGCUAUUGAAGGCAAGUUUGAGUUUUUUCCUCCUUUAUUGGCUUCUACUCAUUAA